AUGACGCCGCAGCCGCCUGUAGCAGCGCCGGCGCCCGUACCAGUGCCGGGACCGAUUCCAGCAUUAGAACCUUGCCUCACGGGCGAGCUGCCGUACGACGACGUCACACGCCAUGUGUGCGACUUCUUUUGGCAGAACAUCAUAUCUCGGGAAGACCUCUUGGCGGCUCCUCCUAGCAUCAAGAUUGAGGUGGAGGGCAAGCUUGGGACGUUGGUAAAUCGGGACACGAAUCAGCGAUUACAACUUCCGGUCAUCAGCCAAGUGGUUUUGGCGCCAAACAGCAUGGAACUAGCAUUCAAGAGCUUGAUGGAUGAGCGCCAACACAAGAAAAUGAAUGAUUUCCUCAAUGGCAAUGUAUCCGCGGCAGUCCGGCAACGCCGACUGAUUCAGUACCAACAUCUGCGCGAAACCGAUUCCUUCCACGUACUUGGUCCCGAUGGCAUCGCGAUGCUACCGCCAGUUGCGCGAGGCAUCAUGGCAAACUCCGGUCACAACCGAAAACCGCGCGUCCGUGUCACUCAUGACACCAAGACCGGCGCGCUCAAGAACCAGAUCAUCAAGACGCGCAUCGCCGACCUAGACAUCUACUCGCCCCAAACUGCUUUUGAUUGCCGCAUCAGCAUAAACGCAGAAAUCACUUUCCCCGAGGACGCCAGCGAUUUUGAGCAAAUAGACGAACCUCCGCGCAUCAAGGACCGCAUGAGUUAUGUUCAUCAAUUCAAUCAGAUCGACCUGACACAGGUGCACGGUAGUAACGGAAAGGUUCACGAGCUGGAAAUCGAACUGAUGACAGAUAAGCUCAUCGAGCAGGGGAUGCUUACGAAAUCCGGGCAAGAUAAUUGCUAUGAGACGCUGGUGGGCGCGUUUGUGAACAAUAUACGGCUUCUAUCACGAGAAGCGACGUAA